AUGGCCUUCAAUGUCAUUUUAGCAACCCUAGGCGCAAAUGCAUGUGUGGUUCUUGCAACAGCAGUGACGGGAAUGAUUAGAGGGAAUAACGUGUCUUUAAUAUGGAAUGGUAUCGGUGUUAAAGUUAAUAUCGAUAAUUCUGAUGGAGAGCAGCCCAAAACAAACAAAAAACAAGAAGGAAUAGAUGACGAUGACAAUCAUGGUCAGUUAGACAAAACAAUGGAUAAGAAAGAAGCCGAUAAUAUGCCUGUAAAUACACCACACAAAAAAUAUCAGGAAGAAACUGAGAAGGUUUCGAUCAAAAAAAAGAAGAAGAAACUAAAGAAAAUUCGUAAAAUGCUUAAUUGGAUCCGCCGGCGAAAAUCGUAG